ACAAGGUAGAGAGAGAAAGAAAGAGCAAAACGAUCGCGCAUUAAUUAUUUACCAGUCGGUUCAGUCGCUAUCUGUUACAAACUACUAUCUACGUCAUCUCCAGAUGUUUGUCGAUCGGAUUUACGCAAACAUCUUGCAGUUAAUAAUCGUUAUUGCAUUCGUGAUACACGUCGACAGCAUUGAGAGCAAUACGUAACGAAGAGAUAUUUCUUUCGUUGAUUAAAACGUGUCGAACAAAUUCACCCGAAGGGACGAUUCAAUGAACGCAACGUAAUUUUUUUUUUUUAAUCGCGCGAUUUUUUUUAGAAUCGUCGAAUCGAAUUGUCAUGAAGCAUCGUUCGUCGUUUCUGAGAAAGGAGCAGCGUCUACUUCGAAACAUCAUUUUGUGUUGACAAAGUUUUUCGACGAGAUAACCUCUCAGCUGACGAAUUUUUAUUGUUACAUAUAUAUCUUGAGAGAGUAAGAUGUCAUUGAUCGAAGGAGUUGGUGAUGAAGUCACAGACUUUUUCAUUGUUAUGAGUAUACUGUUGGUUGGAUGGCUUGCUUGGUGUUCGACAAAUAUAGCAGAUCAGCCAUUGAUACGCACUGUACUUAUAUUACGUGACCGGACGCCGACGCGUAUCGCGACGAUAAGAGCUAAUCAUCAAAAUGCAGGCAGUCUUGGCCUUCAGGAUGUUGGACGGCCACCGAAUUUGGAAACAACAGAAGAGGAAACAACUGAGACAACUUCGGAUAAUAAUGAUAGUAUGCAAUCAAACUGUCCAAAUGCAUCUGCCAUGGAUAUUAGUGAAACUUCUCGAGAAGUUACUAGAUCAAUGGAGUCUACAGCAACAGAAGAGGUACUUAUCGAAGCUAUGGAUUCAUUCAACAACGAUAAUCCAUCACUGCUACAAAGAUCUAAGGCAGAUAAUUCUGAUACAAAUACAUUAGACCAAACCACUUGCAGUGGUUCGUCAGAAUGUACAACAGAAGACUCAACUCUAAGCGAUAGCAAUGAGAUCACCAUAAAAUUGAAAUUCAUAAAUGAUGAUCAAAAACUAGUCACUGGCAGUCUUAAAGAAAUGCUAGGUGAUUUUAAAAGGAGGCACUUUCAAAUGGAAUUGGAAGCACACAAAUCAAUACGAUUAGUAUUCAAUGGCCGCGUGUUACAACCCGAUUCUCAAACUCUUGAACAAUGCGGCUUAUUCAACGAUUGCGUGGUCCAUUGCUGGGUGCAUCAACCACAACCGUCUACUGUACCAUCAUCCCAGACAUCUACAUUAGAUAACUCCUCGUCUAUCUAUUUUAAUUCUCAAUCAUUUUCGGACCUGCCCACCGGCACAGGUCUCAGUUCCAUGCACAACGAAUGGGACUUAAGCCGUCUCUUAGUAAGCAUUCUGACGAUUGUCUUAGGUCUCGCGUGGUACUCGCGGUAUCAUUACGCUCAACUUUUUACCGCGACAACCACGCUUGCACUCUACGCUCUAACAGCUAUUUUUACUGUCUCCCUAUUUAGUAAUUUUUUUCCCGAUCAAGAUAACAUUCGAAACGUUGAGUAAAACAGCGAUCACUACAUUGUAUAUAUGUUAAUGAAAGCACUUUAAAAUGAUUUAACAUAUGUUACAUAUGCACUUGAUUUAAAGAGAUUACUAUUUGAUCAAAUAGCAAUCUUAGUUUGAAUAUUUGUUUUUAGCAUAAUAAAAUUUUGAAAUCAGAUUUAUCGUUAACAAAGACGACUUUGCUCUAUAAUUUCAUUUUUAACACUUUUAUAGAUGUUGAUAAUGUAAUCUUGAUUUAUAUCUCCAUAAAUGAUUUAAUUAAAAAGUCAUUACAGACUAUAAUAUAAUGUGCAAUGCACAUUUCUAUUUGAAAUAAAUUUCUUUCAAAUUAUAUUUAAAUCAGUUACAAAAAUAAUUAGGUAUUCUAUAUAGAAGUAUAGGACUUGCUAAAUUAUCGCGUAAAAAUUAAUAACAUUUUUUGUGGAAAAUUUCCAAUAUAAUAAAUGUAUAUUAUAUAUAAGUGUUUUCUAAAAGAAAUAUUACUUGUUUGUAUUAUACAAUAAUUGAAAAAAUAUCUUGCAUAAAGUAAGUUAUGCGAGUAUAUUUUUCUUUGUUAAACAUAAUUCUGAAAAGAUAACUUACUUAUUCAAUGAGAAAACAUAAGCAUUAAUAUAAAAUAUUGACAAAUUAUUAAUUUAUUUAUUUUAAUCUUAAUUAUGGUUUUAAUUAACUUUAAAUAUAAAAGGAAUAAUUUAUAAAUUAAAUAUAAAAAUAUUCUAAAGAUAUAUUUAUUUAUAUAGUUAUUUUCUUUGAUUUUUUUGUAGAGUAUUGUAUUGUUGGUGCUAUGUGAAUGACAAUUAGUAUCAAGUAUAUAUCAAAUGUUUUUAUAUUCACGGAGUUUAAUGAAAUUAUUUUACACACUCAAGCAUUGUAUAUCAUUAGAUAUCAUUAAAUAGUUAUGUAUAAUAAUUCAUAAGAUUGCAGUUACCACUAAAAAUUAUUUGAGAUCUACUUAAUAAAUUUGGGAAAAAAAGAUAUUGCAUUAUCUAUAGUCUACAUCAAAGUAUAGCAAGCUAGAUGUAUGCAAUAUUUGCUUAUGUUGUUACAACUCAUAUGUAAGAAAGAAAUGCAUCAAUAAAAUUAGCCUUUUCUAAGAAAACUAAUUUAUGGUUAAAAUCUCGAAUAUGAUAUAAUAAGAAGAUGGGCGAAGUAUGACAUAUUAUGAAUAUAUUAUUAUCUCUGUUACUUACUGUACCAUAUAAUUUGUUAAAAUUAAAUUAAUAAUUAUAAAUUAUGAUUGUUUUAAAAUAUCAAUAAAUGUAUCUUUUCAUUUGA